CACGCACCUCUCCGAACGCUCACUCACUCACUCGCUCACUCACUCACUCACUCCUCACUCAGCUCAGGCACCGCUCUCUGUCUCUCUCCGUGGGGCCAAGAAGAGGUGCCAAAAGAGUACCUCCUCCUCCUCCUCCUCCUCCUCCUUCUGCUACUUCUUCUGCGCCUUCUUCGUCUGUGGUGUUUGUUAAGGUGGUGAGUGUUGCCUUCAGGAUGUCAGGGGCACGCCUCCUCCUGCUGUGCCUCGCUGCCCUCGCUCUCACGUCAAGCGCGGGUGUGGCAAAGACGCUGGAGGCUGACGUGGAUGAUAUAACCUCCUCGUCUCUGAAGGCUUCCGCCAGAAGCUUCCUGAAGCAGCUGCUGCAAGAGGGAAGUGACAUGUCUCUGAGCUCCGUGGCGAAGGCCCUGAGCGAGGAGGGUGUCUUCGCCAGGCAGGUGAAAGGCCUCCUGAAGAAGCGGCUCCCUAACCUGAAGGAGGUCGCUGGUGGCCUAGGUGUCACUCCGGACCUCCUACAGCACUUCCUGAAGCUGGCAAGGAAGGUGCGGAGGAUGGGCCAGCACACACCCGUCACCGAGAAGGCCGGGGCGCAGGCCGUGCUGGAGACCGUGCUGGAUUACCUGGGAGGCGAUGAGGAGGAGGAGGAGGGAGAGAGAAAGGGAGAGGAGGCGUCCGAAGAUGGCAGCGAGGCCAUCCAGGGGCAGCUGCUUCACCUGGCCAAGGGAAUGUUCGAGCAGCGCUUCGGGAACUUGAGCUCCAUCAAGGCUUCGGCCAACGCCACGCAGGCGGCCAGGGCGGGGCUGUGGGAGGUGGUGCGGUCGACGUGGGCGCGCGUGCUGUCCUACGUGGAGGAGCAGAACUCGCUGGAAUCGUUCCUGCAGCGCACGCCCGUCAGGAUCAUUGACCGCGCGCUGAGUCUCGGCGACGACCUCAACCUGGCCUCCUUCCUCGCCAAGAAGCUUGACCCGGAGUUCGCGGCGUUCCUGGCGGCCCGCGCCGAGCCGCUGCUGGGCCCGCUGCGCGACGCAGACUCCCUCGCCAACCUGACGCAGGUGGCGGGACUCGGCACCGCGCUCGAUUACUUCACGUCUGAGCGGUUCGCCAACACGGUGGCCGCCAUGUCGCGCUUCGUGUCCGCCUACCUGGAGGACUCCGUGUCCGAGGACGUGGUGAGCCAGUACAUCGACUUCAUCUCCUUCAACAACCCCGAGCUGAACCAUUUCUACCGCUCCGUGCUCAACACCACACAGGACGCCGCCAACACCACGCAGGAAGCCGCCGCUCCGCAGAGGCGCCGCCGCGACGUGCUGAGGGACAUCGCCAGCAUCUACCGCUACGAAAACGAGGCGGCGCGCCACGAGCCAGACCAAAGCCCCGCCGACACCACGGACCCAUCCUCCAGGCAGAUGCAGCACCGUUACGGCGUGUCCUCCCUCGGCGCGGCCUCCGCCCUCUAUGAUCCCUCCAGGGACGGCUACGGCUAUGGUGGCGGUGGCGGCUACGGCGGCGGCUAUGGCGGGUACGGCAUGAACAUGAACACGCUGGACCCAUACGUGGUGCUGGGCUCCCUGGCGCUGGGCACCAUCUUGGGCUUCCUGCUCUUCCGUGCCCUCAGGGGUACCGGCGGCGGCAGGCGUGACAUCGGGGACGGCUCCCUCUCCCUCUGGCAGUCAGACCAGCCCUUCGGGGGAGGCAACCGUGCCCUGAGGGCUGAGCGCGCUGCGCCCCCGGGCCGCGAGGGCCUGGCGCUGCCGGCUUCUCUCCGCGGUGACGUGUGGUCGUCGGCGCCGCUGGUGGACGACGAGACCUCGACGGGCCUGCCGCUGGACGAGGACGACGUGGCGAACCACCUGAACCAGCUGUGGCGGGCACACCGCGGUAACGACUCCUCCACCUGCGUGCGGAGCCGCCUUUGCAGCCAGCUGACAGGGUCCGGGGCCACACACGCCGGCCUGGCGCUGCUGCUGUCGUCUACGGGAAGCCUGCUGGGCGUUGCGCGGCCUGGACAGCUGGUGGAUGACGUGGCGGGCAGCCUAGCGGUGGGCAGCACCUACUCCUGCCCCUCCGUGGCCUGUUCCGCCAUAUAGACGCCACCAAUAUGCAAGCCACAGCCGCCGCCAGCCGCCAGGGUCUUGUAUGCAGCUAACAUAGUUUCCGGAGAAGAGUCACGCCCCGAUCCGCCCCGCCCUGCCCCGCCCCGUCCCGCCCCGCCGAUCACCGCCCCUUCUGUCUCGCUCGGCGGCCCGGACCGAUGAACUGUUCCCUGCCUGUCAUUAAGCAAUGCGAGGCUGUGACACUGUGACGCCCGCCGCGCCUCCCCCCGCUCCCCCCAUCACCCCUUGUUCCCCUCCACAGCCACCCUUCCCGACAUCCUGGUUCACGGGGCGUGCUGCAAGCGAGCACGCACACACACACACACACACACACACACACACACACACACAGACCCUAACUACUUCUAUUACUGUCAUUUAUUUACCGUUACAUAAAAAGGUAGUACAACUGUAACUAUAACUACACAACAACAACAACAACAACAACAAAAGCAAUAUUACCACCACCACCACCACCACCACCACCCUCAACAUCGCCACACCAGUAACUCAACACCAAAGAUUUCGUUGUCCUCCACAUAGUAUUAAGUAUUUAUUUAUUAACGAUGACUAAUAUUCACCAUUUGGUUUCGUUCAAAUACUUUCAUUUAUUUUCGUAUUUCUAAGCCAAGUUUUCUUUUAUUCAUUAUCAAUCUUUUAGUGUUCUCUAUUUCUUUCAUUUUUCUGUUUUUUUUUUCGUUUUCUUUAUCACCAAAUUUCGUUAUUCGUAUUUCCUAUUGUUAAAUUUAUCACAGUUUCUAGGUUUCUCAUUCCCUUCAUUAUUUAUUUUCCAUUGCUUCCAUUUCUCGUUGUUUUCUAUUUCUUCGUUAGUUAGACAUUGCAAAACAAACACAGGAGGGAUAGAAGGGACAGAUGUACUAAUUUAUUUAUUUACUGUUUGUUUGCAAGAUUGUUUGUUGAAAUAAAACGUUCAAAGUUUUAUGUCCAUUUCUUUGUGUGUGUGUGUGUGUGUGUGUGUGUGUGUGUGUGUGUGUGUGUGUG